AUGGACCAUCCGACUUCACCUUCCCCGUGUGACCGGCCGGCUAAGAGACAGCGUCUGAUUUCCCACGACGCAGAAGAUGAGAACAAGGCGCAAAGCCACCAACAGCAAUCUUCAGAUGGUGCAGCCAUCGAAGCUGAGGUUCCAGUGCGCACACGCGGUUCCCUUACGGCGGAGUUCAUGAAACUUCUACACUACAACGACGCCCUGGCUACACCAUCCCUCAAACUGCUGGAUCUGUACUUUUGCCUCUGGGAAUGCUACGUCGUCAAAUCUGCCGAGAAGAUACGACUCGAGGAAGAGCAGCGACAGCUUCAAGAGUCAAAUGAGUGGCUAGCAAGCGACAGCGACAUCCUUCUACAGCUCUGCGAUGAGCAGGCAUUGAUACUGUGGGAUCAAAAGCGAGCAGUUCAAGCCCUUUGUAAUGGCGUGGUUUCAUCAUUGCAAGCGAGCGAGACUCAAGCCUGCCAUGCUGAUAGGCAUUGA